AAGAGAUGAGACUCCUCUUUCAGACAACCCUCCUUCUGACAGUGCAUCAGAGAUGUGUGUGUCGUGGGGCGGAGCAUCGGUGCGAGGCUGCUCAGCGUGUCUCCCUGUUCCUCACAGCUCCUCUGCUACAAGCCACUCCCACAGGCGUCAAUGGGAGGAGUCAAUACAAACUAGCCCCGCCCACUCCGAACCAGUGGUUAACUCACCUCGCCGCACUUGGCCUGUUUCUGCACACUCUGUGGCGAUCUGUGAGGGCCUGGAGGACUGGGGUGCAGCUACAGACCUUUCCAACAUAUCGGACUCAGACGAGGAGGAUCAGCCCGCCCCCCUGGUGGCGGGCAGGUACAGGGUCAUGGUAGAGAGCAGCAUGGCCAGCACGGAUGAUAUCGUCUUUAACUGCGGGGAUGUCAUCCAGCUGCUGCAUGAAGAAUUGUCGGGAAUGUGGAUGGUAAAGAAUAUAAGUCGUGGAGAAGAAGGGCGUGUUCUAUCUGAGGACCUGCAUAGGAUUCUGGGAGAAACAUGCUAAGAGCCAGUCAGAACAGAGGACAGAUGACAUACUUCAUCAUCUUUCUGACCAAAGGGGGCAUCUGACUCUGCCAAGACGUACAGCAGAUCAACAGAUUGAAGCACAUCAACUGCAUAUUUAACUACUGUGACACCUCAGAAGGCUGUAAACUACAGAAUGGACCGCAGACUGUAGCAAUACAAAGCACAUAUGUGGGACCUUUUUAUUUAUUUAUCUAUUCCAGAAGUAAUUCAGUAGAUUAUUGUAUUUAGACUUGGAGUUGUAACUAAAGACAAACUUAUUUUGGGCCUUUAUUCAUAUGUACAGCAUAGACCUAUGUUGAUGUUUUAUCAUUUCUAUUUUCUUAUGAAAUAUGACAGAAAUCAUGCAUAUGCCUACUAACAUAUCAGUACUGUUCAUGUGCCAAACAGCGCAGCUAAUUAUUGUGGCUUCCUUUUUGUAUAACACUGUAAAAUAGCUUUACCCUGUGGUGUCAUUGUUUGCAAUAAAUUUAAACCCUCUUUCUUUCAUACAGCAGCCAGCUACGUCACUAUCAAUCAAAUCAAAUCAACAUGGUUACUCCACCUGUUAGUGGCAAAAGCAAACAUUCAGCAUCUGCUUGGUGCAUUCACCUGACAGAACGAGAAAAA